AUGUGUCGGUUCCUGGUUUACAAGGGCAGAAAUGACAUUCUCCUCAGCAAGUUGAUCACAGAGCCAGCUCACUCCAUCCUCACACAAUCCUAUGAUUCCCGACUGAGACUGGAUACUCGCCGCCCCGUCAAUGGUGAUGGAUUCGGCGUAGGAUUCUACACGGACCCGAAACUCGGCCGUGAUCCUUGUAUCUUCACAUCCACAUUACCCGCUUGGAACUGCGAGAACCUCGAACGGAUAGCCUCCAAGACAUGCUCAUCCUUGGUGUUUGCACAUGUACGAGCCACGACGGAAGGCGCCCUGGCGGACAACAACUGCCACCCAUUCCAGCACAACACGCUGAUGUGGAUGCAUAACGGAAAUCUUGGAGGAUGGAAAUAUAUCAAACGCACCCUGGCGGAUUCGCUCGCGGAUAAAUGGUAUCUUGGCGUCAAAGGAGGCACAGACAGCGAAUGGGCGUUUGCCCUGUUCCUGGAUUUGAUGCAGAAGGAGGGCGUCGACCCAAGCGCAGCGCCGGAGGGAGGUUUUGGCCACGUCCUCUUGCGCAGUGUCAUGGACAAGACAAUUAAGAGAAUCAACGAAAUGGUCGCGAAUAUUCCUAAGGACUGUCACAUGACUGACAUAGAGACGCGGAGCCUCCUCAACUUUGCCGUCACGGAUGGUCAUACUGUAGUCUGCACGCGAUACGUGAGCAGCAAGACAGACGAAGCUGCAAGCCUGUACUUCUCCUCCGGAACAAAGUGGAAAGAAGGAAAGACGAAGGGACAUUUCAAGAUGGAAAGACACGACAAAGGCGCGGAUAUUGUGCUUGUGGCAAGUGAGCCGCUCACAUUCGAAAGACGUAAGAUAUUCCACCCUGACGUUAAUCGAUAA